UGAUGGGCGGGUCUUCCAGGUUUCUCCACGGGGUUAAUUUGUUUCGUGGAGAAGAUACACACAAACAUUACCUAAUGCUUUCUUCUGCUUCUAAGUAGUAUUUCCAUUAGCGACUAUGGAAGCUAUUCUAAAGAUAUUAUUUUCUUCGGAUGAGGGAGAAUUGUACUUUUUAGACGGUUUAUCGUACUUUAUGAUGGUUUUGGCAUUCAAAAAUUUCGUGACUUUUCGCUUUAAGCCGGUGCCCUAUGGCAGAUAUGCAUACAGCGGGUAUGGAAUCCCUGUAAAUGUCAAGUUCGCCUGGUUCGUUCAAGAAUUGCCGUCCUGUCUGGUGCCUUUGGGUUUGCUGCUAUGGAGUCCAUGUGCGAAGAUAAUGCACCUGCCCAACCAACUACUUCUACUCAUGUUCUUGUGCCAUUACUUGCAAAGAACCUUCAUCUACCCAUUUUUAAUUCGAGGAGGGAAAUCAACACCAUUCCUCUCGUUUGCCCUGGCUUUUGUCUUCUGCAUGUAUAAUGGGUACCUGCAGGCAAGAUACCUCAGUCACUAUGCAGAUUACCCACCUGAUUGGGUUACACAUCCCUGUUUCAUCACAGGUUCUUGUAUGUGGUUCCUAGGAUUUAUCAUUAACAUUCACUCUGACCAUAUCCUCAGGAAUCUCCGUGAGCCUGGAGAGACAGGUUAUAAGAUACCUAGAGGGGGCAUGUUUGAGUAUGUAUCAGGAGCAAACUUCUUAGGUGAGAUUGUGGAAUGGACUGGAUUUGCUCUGGCUGGUCAUUCGGUCCAUAGUGCAGCUUUUGCUCUCUUCAGUUUUGUUGUGCUGUCCAGCAGAGGAAUGUCUCACCACAAGUGGUAUCUAGCAAAAUUUGAAGACUAUCCAAAAUCAAGGAAAGCCUUAAUACCGUUUGUGCUCUGAUUCUGUGGUAAGCCCAGCUGCCACACUCCCACUGUGUGUUACAAUACAUUGAGCAUUACAUGAAAUUUUACAAGACAAAGUUUUCUUUCAAUUUUAUAGCAUGUACAUUUGUGAAGUGCAAAAACAGCAUUACUGUAAGAGAUUUCACAGAAUCUCAAUGGAGAGAUCAGAUGAGAUACCCAUGGCAAACAGCUGCUACUAUAAUCCUGAUCUUCCCUAUUAACUCUUAAAAGAAUGAAUGUUUCGACAAUAGCCAAUUAUUACAUAUUUAGGUCUUUGGCGACCCGGAUCUAUACCUAACACAACACAAAUGGAUCUCUAACUGCUGCAAUAGUAUAAUAUAAACUCUCUUGAUAUUUUAAUAACAAUCACAAAAGAAUAAAAUAAAGCGCAUUUCGUUACCUUUUGAAACUUGGAAGGGUUCAGUUUGAACGGAUGCUUUUUACAAACAUCACUGUCAUUGUCAGUGCUCAUUUCCCCAGUUUAUGCAGCAUCUGGCUCAUAUUCGCAAUCGCAAACAAAUUCUCAAAACUAUCAUCUUCAAAAUCAAUAUUUUAAUCAUUGACAAGUUUUGCUGAUGAUACUUUUCUACUCUUUUGUUUAUUGACUGUGGUAGUUAUAAUUGAAACGUUACAUCAGCAUUGUGUAUCAGACAGUGCCACCUUGAGAAAUAAAGGUGAAUUGCUCUCUGGUGAGUCAUCAGAGUCAACAUCAGCAUUGUUGUGCAGAAAAAAAAAAAUACAUUACUCGGGUCGCUAGUGACCCUAUACACUUUUUACACAAAAUUAAAUAGGAAACAGUUUUUUUUUUCUUGUUAUAUUGUUUAUAAUGAUUAGAUUGAGGAAUACUAAGAAGGUUGAUGUCUAACUUUAAAAAAUGAAUGAGGGGGAGGGUAGUGAAUGACAUCCUCCUGGGUCAAUAAACACCUGUGAUAUGUGUUUAAGAGUUAACGACUCCGUCUUUUCUUCAAACUGUAACACUGUGUCAGCAAAAUAUGGACUUUUUGAAAUGUGCUUCUGGUCAUGCUGGAUUCGAGGCUAUAUCCGAGUAAGAAAACGGCUGCAUCUGAAAACGCUUACUCUCCAAGUAGCUACUUGUUGUUGUUUUUUAAUAUAUAAUUAUUUUAUGACCAUUAAAAAGGUACAUUCUACUGUAUAUUGUGUGAAUGUAAUCUGUACUACAUUCGUCAUGUUGACCUACCAGCAUCAGAUGCAUCGCUUCACUGCUAUUCACAACUUCAUUGGAUGCGCUUCAGAAUCUUGCCAGAAGUAGUAGGUCAUCUGGAUACUUAUUGUUUUCUGAAUACUGUGAAUUCAGGCAUGCUACUCAUUUUAUAUAGUGUUUUUGCCUACUAUAUUGGAAGUAUGUAUCCAAAAUGUUCAGCCCUUCAUGGCCAACUUGCAUUUCUGAAAACUGAAAAAUUUCAAAAUGUUCCUGGUGAUUUAAAAUAAAAUGUUUAAAUGUUUUGAAAGGAGAUUUCAACAGUGUAAUUUAAAAUUGGUGUUAUGUUUACUGAUUUAUGUGCCAAACUCCACCGAAAGCGGACUGUUUAGCAGGUUUAAGAAAUUACAUUUAAUCAAUUCCAACAGGGGCACAUUGUGUAAAUUAUAUUGUCAUAACAAUGAAUGGAUUUGACUGUUUUAACAAAUCUUAACACAAUUAAAAGCACCUUCUGUCAAAGUG